AUGGACUCUGGUGCUCAUCAAGUCAUUGAGCUUCUUCGGUCUUGUCGUGCCGCCUACGAGCAGACCAUCCAGCAUCUCUCUCCCGACGAGCUCGAACAGGUCUCACGUUACUGGAACUCGAUGAAUGUUGAGAUGAGGAACUCCCCUACGACUUCGACCCAUGAAUUCGGUUCUUCGGUUCCCUCCAAACGACCUGCAUCCUCUGCGAUGGUUGGUGAUAUGGAACCAGCGUCCAAACGUAGUGUCCAUAAGGCAGUAUCCCUGGCUUCGUCGGCACCUACGGCCCAUGUCCUCGAGCGACACGUCUCAGCUCCCGUUGUUGGUCAGUCGGCCUCGCGCACCCAGCCAGGCAGACCCUUGGUUCGAACUUCACCUCUUCCCCCAACAACGACAACGACGACGGCGACGACCAAGCCAAUGCCCAUCCCCCGGCGCAACAGUUGGCAGCGGAGAGGUUCCACAGCCGCCUCAUACCCCAAUAGAUACUUGGGAUCCAACCUGCACUUCAUUGAAGAGGUUCAGGUCAUGUCUCCUGCGGACUUUCUCGCCAAGUCUACUUCGGACGACUUCCAUCAGACACCCCCAACCAUCUCGUUGACGCCUCCCACAGUGGUGGAGCGCGGUGAGUUCCACAUCAACCAGAUGGCUCAGCUCACAUCUCCGUAUUCUUCAGCGAUAGAGUCGCCAGGAGGAGUUUUUACUCCAAUGACGGCGACUAGUGAUUCGAGCAUGACAGCUCCGUCAACCGUGUUGUCGGAGCCCAUGUCUCGAAGCAACACAAAUGAUGUUCUCUGCGAGGGCUUUGGGAUGUUUCGCAUGGACUCGAUGUCGAUGCCGAAAGAUCACAAAGCCUCGAGCAGCAUGAUGGCCGAGUCUCGGUAUCCCCAGGAUAACGAGUCGGCGCGACAAUUUUCCUUUACUUCUUCUGUCGGUUACAAUGAGUUUUCGCGUUUUUCCUUUGAUGAUGAGCUUCAGUCAUCAUCCUCUCCUUCUAGUUUUGAGAUGAAGAAAUCACCUUCCUCUGGAAGUGAUGCUUCAUCGGUUUCUAUUUUGUCAGAGUCUCAUAUGUCGUCGGCACGAGGACUUCCACAGGAAGUCAUUCCUCGUAGCAGUAACACAGUCUCACGACCGCUGGCUCCCAAGAUGGAGCGUGCUCACCAGGUGUCGUCGUCGUUGCACUCGGCUGAGAUCCCGGCACCGAAACUGAUCGCCGUCCAGGGUGCCGACGGUACAGUAAAACACAAGGCAGAGAUCACGCGCACCGUCCGACAACAACCUCCUCGUAAGACGACCUUCUGCCAGUUCUGUAACGAUCAACCUCAGGGCUUCCAUGGCGACCACGAGCUUCGUCGACACAUCGAGCGGCACCAUUCUCAAGUGCGCCGGGUUUGGAUCUGCAAGGACGCGUCGGCCGACGGCAAGUUCUUGUCCAACUGCAAGGCGUGCCGCAGCCGCAAGACGUACGGUGCCAACUACAACGCCGCCGCCCACCUGCGCCGUGCCCACUUCAACCCGUGCAAGAAUCGACGUGGGGGGCGAGGCAAGAAGAGCGAGGGUCGCGGCGGCAUGGGUGGCGGCAACACACCGCCCAUGGAGUUUCUCAAGCACUGGAUGUACGAAGAGCUUGAGCUCAACGUCAACGGCCGCGUGAUUGUCCAAGAUAUCAACGUCCCCGACACGACCUUUCAGGCUGCUGUGGUGAAUGAACACAUCAAGUGCGCGUCGAGUGCCAGCAACACCAACAACAACGGCGGCUUGGACAGCGCCAACUACGAUCUCACCGACGACGACAUGAUGCAGACCCAAGCCAUUCCCAUGUUGGACCUCUCGCAAGAGCCAUUGUUCUACGACAACAUGCUCAAUGCCGACGCAUAUGUCAACGUCGACACCACCUCCCAGAAUGCCAUGUACAACGCCAAUGCCAGCGGCUUCAACUUUGCUUCUGAGGAUUCCAACUUUGGGUUUUCCCAGUAUUGA